AUGGACAAUAUCCAGAUGUGCUGCGACAAAUCCAUGCUCGGGCCCGGCUAUACGCCGAUGAAGAGGAACAAGCAGGAGCUAGCUGCUACCUCGCACUCAGGCUUCAACAACAUCCUACAUGUUGCUCAUGCCUUCUACGCGCCUUCGUCUUUGAUACUGGCCGCUCCAUCAAUGACUGAGCUCGUCCGUCCCGAGGGCGAGCCUGUCUCGCGAGAUGACUCCACGGACCGCAGCAUCCUCACGCGCAUGCAGCGUUUCCGUACCAACCCGUUCACCUUCGCACAUGAAAUAUCACUUUUCGUUAGGGGUGUCGGAUGGCGAGCCUACGACAAUCCGAUCGGACAGCCGGUUUUCUACCCGGGCUACACGGCCAAUGUCAAGAACGCGGUGAUGGCGUCUCCUCUUUUACGUCAAAAGAUUGUCGAGUUGACAGAGGAACGCUUGAAAGUUGAAGAGAAGGAAUAUCUCCUGGACACGACGAGCCCAACAUAUCUGCCUGACAGGGAGAAGCGAAGGCACGAAAUCAUGUCGCAGUUGGUCGAGAUUACGGCCGACAUGCUGGAUAAAAUGGUCUGCAAGAUGGAAAGCAAGAUGUACAUUCGGGCAGCUUUCUACGGGGUCACGCAGCUGCUCACGAGAGCCUAUAGCGCGAUUCAUGUCUCGGAGGCUGAAGUCAAGAGACUCCGAGAAGUUGCAACAAUGGCGGCCAAAAAGAAACAAUCCAUCAUCUUUCUCCCGCGACAUACGAGCCAUGUGGACUAUGUCACCCUGCACCUUGUUUGCUACCGCCUUGGUCUGACACUCCCUGUUGUCGUGGCCGGCGAUAACCUCAAUUUCCCACUCGUCGGCAACUUUCUACAGAAUACUGGGGCAAUGUGGAUCAGGCGAAGUUUUGGGAAUGACCAGCUUUACACCACCCUCGUCCAGUCCUAUCUGGAUACUCUGCUCCAGCAGGGACUUAAUCUGGAAUGUUUCAUCGAAGGUGGUCGAAGUCGCACGGGCAAGUUAUUGGGACCUCGCUUCGGCUUCCUCAGAUUUCUCCUCGACUCGGUACUCUCGGGUCGGACGGAAGACGCAUAUGUGUGCCCGGUGUCCUUACAGUACGACAAGGUGAUAGAGGUGGACUCCUACGUCAAUGAACUCUUGGGCAAUCCCAAACAGAAGGAGAAUCUUGCCGACUUCAUCUCGGCGUCCUCUGUUUUGUCUCUAAACCUCGGCAGAAUCGACUGCAGGUUCCAUGAACCCUGGAGCUUGAAAGAAUUCAUCAAGGAACAGCAAGCCCGUCAAACUCCAGCCACUCUCGCCGAAACGGCCUCCUCAAGUUCAAAUGCCAGAAUUCGACUGCUACGGACCCUUGGAUAUAGAGUCCUCUCGGACAUUAAUGCAGCUUCAGUUAUCAUGCCAACGGCACUCGUCGGUACUGUACUCUUGACGAUUCGUGGCCGUGGUGUGGGGAAAUCUGAGCUGAUUCGUCGAGUUGACUGGCUUUGCAGACGUAUCAAGGCGAAUGGGGGAAAAGUGGCGGAUUUUAGAGGGAUGCCCACCUCAUAUGUCGUCGAGAGGGCUCUAGAUGUCCUUGGGCCGAAGCUCGUUGGCACUGUCGACGGGCUUGCAGAGGAAACUUAUUAUGCCGUUGAUCGUUUUCAACUGUCAUUCUACAGGAAUAUGACAAUUCACCUAUUUAUCUCGGAAGCACUUAUAGCGGCCGCCUUGUACACCAAGGUAAAACAGGGUGGAGGAAGCGCAAACCAACGUAUGCCCGAAGCCGAGUUGGUCGAUAAAGUUACGUUCUUGUCCCAGCUAUUCAGAGGCGAGUUCAUCUUUCCGGCGGGUCAAGGCCUGCUACACAACCUGGAGCAAGCCAUGCAAGGACUAGUGCGCGAUGAUGUCCUCAAAGUUACAGAAGAAACCGAAAGAGUGGUUGGUAUAUCAGACGCUGAGCGGAAGUCAGGCAGAGAGAACUACGACUUGUACUGUUUCCUUAUUUGGCCAUUUGUGGAUGCUGCCUGGCUCGGAGCAGUUUCUUUGUUGGCGUUGGUACCUCCGGCCUCCUCCUCUGAGGGCUGGAUCGAUAUGCAAAAGGCUCAAAACAUGGCUCAGCUUGCCGGCCGGACGUUGUACCACCAGGGUGACCUGUCUUACUUUGAAGCAGUCAACAAAGAGGCCCUCAAAAACGCCUACAAUCGGUUCCAGGAAGAAGGGAUCAUAGAUGUCGCAAGGGGACCGAAUCGAAGCCGAAAGCCACUGUGCGACUUGCCCCUGAAUGGACACCUGAAAGGGACCCGAGUACGGGCGAACUGA